GCUCACCUCUAAAACCCUUCCCCGCCCCGUCCACCUCAUGUUCCUCCUUCGAGCCACCACCUCCACCCCGUUUCACUUCCUCCGAUGCCACUUCCACCCGCUCCCCUCGCCUAAAACCCUAGCCACCGCUCUCGCCCCGCCGCCGCCGCCGCCGCCGCUCCUCCGCCCCCGCCCCCGCCUCUACUCCUCCGCCUCCCCUCGCCGCCGCUCCACCGCCGCCACCGCCAAAUCCGUCGACAAGAGGCCGCCCGCGAGCCCGAGGAGGGCGGAGGCGGUCCCGCCGCUGCCCGCGGUCGCCGCGGGGGGAGGACCCAUGUCGUCCUCGGGCGGCGCCGGGGGGAAGCGCUCCGUGGCGGAUGUGCUCAUGGGGAACGCGCGGGACGCCGCCAGGAAGGCCAAGAAGGGGGGGCCCGGGGCGCCGUCCCCCAAGAAGACCAAGGCCGCCACCCAGCCCGACGACGCGACGCCCGAGCCGCCUUCCCCGGCCAAGUCGCCCGCCAAGGCCAACGACGCGCCCGGGGCGAAGAAGAGGUCCCCGUCGCCCACGAGGUCCAAGAAGCCAGCCGCGCCCCUGAAAUCUGAGGCCGACGAGAAGCCCCCUUCGCCAAAGAGGUCCAAAAAGCCAGCCGCGCCCCCGAAAUCUGAGGCCGAGGAGAAGCCCCCAUCGCCAAAGCGGUCCAAAGCCCCAGCGGCCAAAUCCGACCCCAAGCCCUCCGCCCAAGCCCCCGUCCCCCAAUCUGACGGCAAGAGGAGGUCGCCGUCGCCAACCAAGGCGUCCCAAUCCGAGGAUAAGAAGAGGCCCUCCUCACCACCAAAGAAGCCCAAGACCUCAACUGCCACCACCAAGCCCGAGGAAGCGAACACCACCCUCGAGCUCAAGAAGAAAGGCGGCGACUUCGAUCCCGCGGCCGCCGCCUACUGGAAGCCGGGCGAGCCCGUGCCGUUCCUGUUCUUGGCCCGGGCGCUCGAUCUCAUCUCCAACGAGUCGGGCCGGAUUCUCAUUACGGAGAUCCUGUCGAAUGUGUUCCGCACGAUUAUUGCCACGACGCCUCAGGAUCUCCUCGCGACGGUGUACCUCUCGGUUAGCCGGAUUGCGCCGCCCCAUGAAGGGAUCGAGCUUGGGAUCGGGGAUACGUCAAUCAUCCGUGCGCUCUCUGAGGCAUAUGGCCGCAAGGAGGAGCAUGUCAAGAAGAACCUCAAGGAAUUGGGUGAUUUGGGGCUUGUGGCCAAAGCAAGCAGGUCGUCACAGAAGAUGAUGUACAAGCCAAAACCACUGACAAUACCACGCGUGCUUGAUACAUUUCGGACAAUCGCAAAGGAAUCUGGUAAAGAUAGUCAAGAUAAGAAAAGAAAUCAUAUCAAAGGACUCCUUGUUGCUGCAACGGACUGUGAACCUCAAUACAUUAUACGCCUUCUGCAGUCAAAGAUGCGCAUUGGGUUGGCAGAAAAAACUGUCCAAAUGGCUCUCGCGCAAGCUGCUGUAUAUUCUGAAAAAGGGUCUCCACCGAAAGAAGUCCAAUCACCUUUUGAAGAGGCUGCAAAAAUAAUUAAACACGCAUAUUCAGUUCUUCCAAUCUAUGAUAAAAUUGUCCCAACUCUUCUUGAAGCUGGUGUCUGGAAACUUCCGGAAACAUGCAAUUUCUCCAUAGGUGUCCCUGUUGGCCCUAUGUUGGCAAAAGCAACGAAAUCGGUCUCAGAGAUUAUUGACAAGUUUCAAGGUCGUGACUACACUUGUGAGUACAAGUAUGAUGGUGAACGCGCCCAGAUCCAUUGCAUGGAGGAUGGAACAGUGGAGAUUUAUAGUCGGAAUGCUGAACGGAACACUGGGAAGUACCCUGAUGUUGUUGAUGCCGUUUCCAGAUUCCGAAAGCCUACAGUGAAGUCAUUUGUCUUAGACUGUGAAAUUGUUGCUUAUGACCGUGAAAAGAAGAGAAUUUUACCUUUUCAGAUACUUAGCACAAGAGCCCGCAAGGGUGUUACUAUAAAUGACAUCAAAGUUACAGUCUGUACUUUUGGCUUUGAUAUUCUUUACAUCAACGGGAAACCUCUUCUCCAGGAACAACUCAAAGUUCGCCGAGAGCACCUUUACAACUCUUUCGAGGAAGUACCAGGAGUUUUUCAACUGGCCACUGCUAUUACAUCAAAUGACCUCGAGGAGAUACAAAAAUUUCUUGACCUAUCUGUCAACUCCAGUUGUGAAGGGUUGAUUAUCAAGACACUGGAUACAGAUGCUACAUAUGAACCAGCGAAGCGGUCAAACAAUUGGUUGAAAUUGAAGAAAGACUACAUGGAUAGCGUUGGAGACUCUUUAGAUUUGGUUCCAAUUGCUGCCUUUCAUGGAAGAGGAAAACGAACAGGUGUAUAUGGAUCAUUCCUCCUGGCAUGCUAUGACGAUCAGAAUGAAGAAUACCAAACAAUCUGCAAUAUAGGUACUGGGUUUUCUGAGCAACAACUGGAACAAUGUUCUACAAGCCUCCGGGGUAAAGUAAUAAAUAACCCCAAGGCAUACUAUAGGUUCGCUGACACAACUAACCCAGAUGUGUGGUUUGAGCCAUCAGAGGUGUGGGAGGUCAAAGCUGCUGAUUUGAGCAUAAGUCCUGUUCAUCGUGCUGCUAAUGGUAUAGUUGACCCAAAUAAGGGCAUCUCUCUAAGGUUUCCUCGUUUGUUGCGGGUGCGUGAGGAUAAAAACCCAGAACAUGCAACCACGUCUGAGCAAGUUGCGGAUAUGUAUCGUGCUCAAAAAAUAAACCACUCACACAACCAAGACGACGAGGAUGAUGACUGAGACUGACCCCAUUGUCUGUGCGUUAUAUGCGCCAACUUAUUGUGCAGGACAUAGCCAAGAAUGUAUGUCCAGUGAUUUGCUUCGCUGUUGUUCAAACUGACUUCAGCAUUUGUUCACUUAUUGUAACGCUAUGCAACUUUUUCUUCCUUUGUUUUCUGGUUCUCGUGAUGUAUCUGUAAUACACGCUAUCCAGGCGGUGUUUGCAUGUGAAAAAAGUUGACGAGUUUCAGAGUGCAUUGGCACAACCAAAAGAUGUACAUACGCUGAGUUCUGAGUCACUCUUGGUGCUACUCUUCAAUCUGAUAUCCCCCAAUUCAUUAA